AGGUGCCCGUCACGAAUGCCUGAAGAAUAAUGAUAUGUCUCGUCAAUGAGCGUUUCUGUGUGGGUUCCAUGUCCUUCAGUUUAGUGGCUGGAUUCUGCUUUUACCCUCACUGAAAACACCUUGGAUUGUGGACUCAGGACCGCUGCUUAACGUGCAGCCCUGAACACAAAACCUGCGUUUGUUUUGCGCGGAUUGUGUAGCGUGUUUUAUUAUAACUUUAUGCACGAAAUGGAAUGCAGAGUAUUGUCAAUUCAGAGUCAUGUUGUCAGGGGAUAUGUUGGCAAUAAAUCGGCAUCAUUUCCGUUACAGGUGCUGGGGUUUGAGGUGGAUUCAAUCAACUCGGUACAGUUCUCCAAUCAUACAGGCUACUCCCACUGGAAAGGCCAGGUACUGACCGCUGACGAGCUGCAUGUCCUCUACGAGGGGAUCAAGCUCAACAAUGUCCACCACUACGACUAUGUUCUCACAGGGUACACUCGAGACACUUCCUUUCUGGAGAUGGUUGUGGACAUCGUACAGGAGCUGAAGAGGGCCAAUCCUAACCUUGUGUAUGUGUGUGACCCGGUGCUGGGGGACCAUGGCUCCAUGUACGUUCCAGAGAACCUGCACCCGGUCUACAAGAACAAGGUGGUGCCAGUGGCCGACAUCAUCACACCCAAUCAGUUUGAAGCAGAGCUGCUGACAGGGAAGAACAUUAGCACAGAGAAAGAUGCAGUGGAGGUGAUGGACCUGCUCCAUAAGAUGGGUCCUGACACGGUGGUCAUCACCAGCUCUGACCUGCCCUCGCGUCUGGGUGACCGCUUCCUUGUGUCCCUGGGCAGCCAGAGGACGUUGAUGCCUGAUGGUACCAAGUCCACCCAGCGGGUCCGUAUGGAGAUCCCUAAGGUGGACGCUGUGUUUGUGGGGACAGGGGACCUGUUUGCUGCGAUGCUGCUGGCCUGGACUCACCACUACCCCAACGACCUCAAGACUGCAUGUGAGAAGACUUUCUCGGUCAUGCAUCACGUUAUCAAGAGGACCAUCUCCUAUGCUCACGAGUUAGCAGGGCCUGGCCGAAAACCCAGCCCGCCUCAACUGGAGCUGAGAAUGGUUCAGAGCAAAGCGGACAUUGAGGACCCUGCCAUCGUGAUGGAGGCUACUGUCCUAACCCUAUAGAGCCCACCCCCCCCCCAUCUCCCACCACCCCCUCCCGCGCCACAACCGCACAAUGUAUAGGUGUUGUACAUUUUGAUCUGUUAUGUGACAUUGCCUUAGAAAUCUCUUACAGAGCACAACAUUUCCAUAUGAGGAGACUUAGCAGGGUAUGGAUGGACAGACGGGGGGGGUGAGUGGAGGAGGGGAAGAACUAGAGUGGGCCGGGGUGGGUCUAAUGCACCUCAUGCACCUCCCUUCGACAACCUGGUCUCUCUCGGUCUCUCUUCAUCUCUCCCACUCCCUCUAUGAGCUCGCCUAACCUCUUGGUUUGUCCUGCACACACAGCUUCACAGCCCAGCCCAGGCCUAGACUAUUCCAAGGCCAGGCAUCACAGGGCUUAGGCCUAUUGGAGUUGCAGCACUAGCUAACUACAGUGACAAUGUGGUGGCCCAGGCUAGCUAAAGCCUAGCUCAGGUUAGGAGGUUAUAUCUGGCCUGCAAAAAUCAACCAACCAACAAUCUGUCAAUCAAUCAAGCCUUGUGAAAUACAUGCACAGCUGAGGGCAGAAUACUGAUCAGGGAUAGGAUAGAACCUGAGGCACUUAUUUUAGUGGAGGAGUGGUGGUUUAGAACCUUUUUACCUCAUAUGUCACAACAGGACAAUGGUUUUGGGUAUGUUGAUUCUUAAAUCAAUUGUCCAUGUUCGGUGCUUAGAUCAUGAUCAGUGUAUGAUCAUUCUAAGCACGUCACUAACUUUGUGGUUGUAUGUUUUUGUGUGUUUGUUGUUUGUUGUUUGUUGUUUGUUAUUUACAAUGUGUGAAAUGCUGGAGAUCUAUCAUUUCAACAUUUGUUGAUGUAUGAUCCUUGUGUGUUCAAAUUUCAAUGUUAUUGGAAUUACCAUGCGUAUGUCUUUUAUUUUGUUCUUAAUUGGUUGCAAGGACUAGCAAGGAUAAUCUACACUGUUCAUUUUAUACAUGCAAAUUAAGCAAAACAUUCAUAUACUUUUUUAUGUAUUUGUAUAUUUACAUAUCUUGGGCAGAUAGAAUAUUGAUAUGGUUUCUUUGUCUGUGCCAAACUUGGGAAAUCAAAUUAUGUUAGAGAGUGCCGAACUGGCUGUUUCCUGAUACAGACAUGAGAUUGCAAUAAAGUUAAUAUGAAUCCUGUUAUUUAGCCAACUUGCUGUACGUUUUCUGUCUGCCCCUGCUUUGUGGGGAAUUCUCCAUAUCUUACGCUCUGUUCUGAAGAAUGAACAAUGUGGAGAAAGCUGAUUUGAUGAUGCUAUGUUACAGGGACUCAAAGUUGAGGAACCAACCAUUUCUCCUCAGACAGGAGAAGUGUCCGUGUGCAGGACCAAUCAGGGGUUAGUUCUGCUCUGCUGACAUGUACUUACUCCUCAGCUUUUCAUGAAACCAGUGAACUGUUUAAUCUAUGUUCCAGCUGUGCGUUACUGUACAUUUGUGUGUUUGUGUGUGUGUGAGAGAGUAUGUACAUGUAUGUAAGUGUAUAUUUCAUCUGUAAUGGGG